UUCCCUGUUGGCGAUUGGCAAUUUUAGAAUUUUCUGAUUUUCAAUUAAACAAGACACUUGAGAGUUGAAAGCGAUUCAUUUUCAUUUCUCGAUUAUUUUACUAUUCUCGCGUAAUGUCUCGUUGCGGUUUUAACGUUGUUUGCGCGUAAACAAUUUAUAUUAAAAUACAUUAUUCUUAUUACUGGAAGUGCAGUGGUGUGCAGUGUUAAAUUGUUUUUACUUUGUACAUCCAUAACGAUGGAUGAAAAACUAAUGUUGGACGAUGUUUCCAGCAGUUUAAGAGAUCGAGUGUUUUUCGCUGCCAGAGAUGGAAUGGCUUUAACGCUUUACGCGUUAUUGUAUGAAAAAAAUACAGAUGAGAUAGACGACCUUUUAAACAACGAUGUAUGCUGUGAUGGAGUCAAAUGUACACCACUUAUAGCUGCUGCAAGGCAUGGGCGCGAGGCAGCCGUGCGAAUACUUUUAGAUAAAUUCCGUCCUCCUGUAAGACUUGAAACAGAAGGCACCGUAAAGUUUGACGAAUAUGUCAUUGAAGAAACCAUCAGGGAAUUUUUGUACUUGACAGGAGCCACAGCGCUAUGGUGCGCGGCAGGUGCUGGUCACUUAGGAAUAGUGAAAAGACUUGUUCGAGCCGGGGCCAACGUGAAUCAUGCUACGAAGACUUUAAGUACCCCUCUGAGAGCUGCUUGUUUUGAUGGCCGCUUGGAUAUCGUGAAGUAUUUAGUCAGGCAUGGUGCUGAUAUUCACAAGGCUAACAAAUACAAUAACACAUGCCUAAUGAUUGCGGCGUAUAAGGGGCAUUUGGAUGUCGUACAAUUUUUAUUGGAAAGCGGAACAAGAGUGGACGAUAGGGCGCUAUGCGGUGCGACUGCGUUGCACUUUGCAGCAGAAUGUGGACAUGCAGCCGUCGUUUGCGCCCUGAUAGACCAUAACGCCAAAAUGCUAACUAACCAAAAUGACAUGACACCGCUGCAGUGUGCAGCGGAACGGGCCCGUGCGUCAGUAGUGGAAAUACUCGCGGCGAGGCCGGACGUCACGCGCGCUCAGGCGAUUGAUGCUUUUGAGCUACUUGGCGCUUCGUUUGCUAAUGAUAAAGAAUAUUAUUGUUUACGGAUGGCGUAUCAAUACCUACACAGAGCAAUGACGAUGAGAUACGACACUCGAUAUGGUCAGCUGCUGAAGAAACCUGCCGACCCCAUACCGGCCUAUGAUAACUGGCGAGAAAGUACCACUUUGGAGGAGGUGGAGAGACUACACGGCAACCCACACGCGUUGCACAUGGAAGGUCUAACAGUCCGCGAGCGAAUUCUCGGUCGUACAUGUCCAGAUCUGCCCCACCCGGUGGUGUUUAGGGGCGCGGUUUUUGCUGACGAAGCAAGGUUCGAACGGUGCCUCGCGUUGUGGAGACACGCCCUUACACUACGGAUUCUUAACUCUGUGUCGGUUGUUAAAGAUCUACUGAGGUUCGCUCAGGUGUUUUCGCAGAUGAUUCAUAUUGGAAUUGAAUUACCGCUUUAUCAGGUAUGUUUUGUAUUGGAGGCUUGCGCUGAAGAAUUGCGAAGAGGUAUCAAAAGACUCGAGAUAGAGAGUGACACUGAAGCUUUGAUAGAGGAGUACGAGAGCAAUGUACGGACUGCUCUCUAUCUUGUUGCUGUUGCUGCUAGGUUGCUUGAGAAUCCUAAUAAUGAUGAGCAAACAAACAGACUGACAAGAUGUUCAGUGUUCAAUCUGCGUGACGUGAGUCUUCGUACGGGCGGUACUCUGUUGCACCUCGCCGUGGACAGACGGACGCCAGUUGACGAUUUUCAUACUAGUGAUGUUUGCCAAUUCCCUUGCACAAGAACAACUAGACUGCUUCUAGAGUGCGGUGUGAAUGUGGACGUGGCCGAUGACUCGAGGAGAACUGCACUACACGUUGCGUUGCUGUCCUAUCAGUAUAUGCCUGUCCUAUGUGUAGAGGAACGGGAAGCGUGGAGCGAGGCGUUGUGCGGCUGUGUGUGUGAGUUGCUCGCACGCGGCGCACACGUCGACGCUAUGGACAUGGACGGGAUCACCCCUCUGGUCGCUUCUAUCGGGGGUCCAGCAGAGUCUCUUGUCCGUUCUGCGCUAAACCCUAGGCUGAGCUGUCUAGCAGCGUCCGCGCUGGCGCACCACGGAUCGAAGUACCGUCCCGAGCAAGUGCCAAAAGAUUUACACGAUUUCCUCAUCAUGCACGGAGUUUAUCCUGUAUAAUUAAGUAUACUUUAAUUUUAUUUUAAAAUAUACUUUAAUACGAAGCAAUAAACACGUAAUUCAUAUUAUCUUUACUGAAAUAUAGAACUCUGAUCCAAUACUAUGCAAAAAUGUUACGUCAAAUUUAGGAACUGCUCAAAGGCUUAAAGAUAUAUUAUUAUAUUCUUUAAAAUAUAGGCUAACCACAGAUAUCGUAUCGUGGCCCGUAUCAUGACAGUCUAGGUUACGAUAGUCGUGUGACGUCUUUGACAUAUCCCGUAUAUUAUUAUUUUCAUAUAUUUAAUUUCUAAAAAAUUUAUUGAUGCAUUGUGUUUUAUAAUUAAUAUUUUUUAUUCAACAAUGUUGGAUUAGAUUCGAAAUUGCGGUAAGAUUCACGUAAAAAUUAAAUGGUUAGCGAAACUAUAGAGCAAAAUUUGCCAUUUAAUUUGACAUUACAAGACUAUGAUAUUCUAUUUAAAGCUUUAUCUAUAUACAUGAAACUAUCGAUAUGUAUCAUAUGUCAAAUUGUAAUAUUAUUUUUCUUCGUUAUUGUCACACACACAUGGCAUUGUGCCAUUUCAGUCAUAUAGUGAGUGCACAGAGCCCGUAUAAUAAAGCUGUUUGAGCAGUUACUAAAUUUAAGUGGCCUAUAAUCUAUAUAGGUUGUCCCAUAAAUCAACGUCAAUCGGUAGUUAGGUGAUAGUGCAGGUAGAACCCCAGGGAAUUAAUAAAUAAAAUUGUUAUUUUUUUAAUUAUUGUCAUACCAAAGUUUAAAUUAAUCGUUAUGCCAUCCUAUCUAUGCUUUAUUCCUGACUUCGUCUUGACGUUAAUGUCUGGGACACCUGUUUUAAUAUUGACAAUGACUUACGAGUUUUCGUAUAAAUACUAAUACGAAAGUCGUAUUAUACUAAGUUAUUUACGAAGCUUCUAUUGACAUUAAGCGAUAUUAUUUAACAUUUUAUGUUAGAAAAAUAGUACAAUGGUUGUAUAGAGGUGAUAUUAUCUGUGUAAAAAACGGAUUAUAUUCCGACCAUACUGACAGAUAAUCAGAAUGUACAACUGAAUUAACAAUAUAUUAAAAAACGCGAAAUGUCGGACUUAUGAUAUUAAAUUCAACUUCAAAUGGUUUUAACAUGUAAAAAACGCGUUUCAAGCUAUUAAAAAGGGGGUUGGUUUCAUUCGUUCUUGGCAAUGACAAAUGACAUCAAUGCUGCUUUUUAUUGCUUAGGAUAUUUUGUUAUUGACAACGCUGUAUAUUGUCAAAGUGUCAGCUGUCAAAAGUAAAAUGGUCGGUAUAUAACUCGCAUAAUUUUUGUGUCCAUUAUUAUUGAAACCACGUUACGAAUUCUAAAAGUAGAAUUUGAAUUGUGGUUGUUUAAUGUUUAUUUAAAUUCUUAUUCUAUUCAAAGAUGGUUGAAUCUUUGGUUCGUAAGAGAUAUAUUUAUUAAAUUGGGCCUCGUUUGGCCAUUUAUAUUUUUUAAUAUAUUAUAAGGAAAUAUAAUUCACUCGUUCUAAGGCGAAAAAGCUACACACUGAUAGUUUGAAUACAUACUUAUGAAUAUAUAUUUUCAUAUUACCCUAAUUUAUAUUAUUGUUCUACAUAUAUUUUUGUAUUAGUUGUGUCCGAAAUGGUAAUUUGCUAUUUUCUUUAUAUUCCAAAUUGAACAUUACAACUUGCCAUACAUAACACAGAUCAGGCACAAAUUAAAUCUAUAACUUAUGCUUAGCAUAAUUCAAAAUAACGGCUGUCAAAUGGUCUACAACUUGAGUUGACAAUUUACCGUUUCGGGCGUUAGUUUUAAUGACACAGAUAUAUCAGUUAUUUACAUAAUCUACAUUUUGAUAUUAACUGUAAAUAUUCUAAAUUAAUUUUAUUGUUAUUCGACCGAUUUUGUCUGCCAUAUGUUUUUCGUCCAUCUUGUAUGUUAAAGCAUUUAUCAUACGAAUUGUAAAAUGAGUUGAACACUGUGUAUGUGUUCGAGAUGUGAUGCAACAUAAUAUUAUCAAAUGGCUCAAAGUUAUAGAUUAAGUGAGAGAUUGGGUAAUUUUGAUCGACAACGAAAUUAUACGAGAAAAGCGAAAAAAAACACGCUCAAAACAAAUAAUAAUAAAUCUCUUAAUAGUCUAUGUUCUUACUGAGAGCAAAUUUAAAAAUACAUGACACCACAGAGCACAGAAGCAAUUUUGAAACUGACAGUUCAAUAUAAUGGCGGUAUUUUUAAUUGCACCAUUGACAAUAUUCAAAUUAAGUGUUGUUAUUCAAUAUUACUCAACCUCAAUGCAUGCAAAUAUUUAAGGAAAAAUACAAUGUGAUAAUUAUAGAAUAUUAUAGGCUAGGAAAGCCACACGGGGCUUUUAGGUAAGAGAUUUCGGCCUUUGAAUUUAUAAAUAACGAAUGUAUAUAAGUGAUAAGUGUCACUGAGGUGGCAUGAGAAAUUAUCUGUUCGAUUUGACGUAACCGACAUUGACGUUGACAAUUGACUGUUGAAAUUUGUUCGAAACCCUCAUGGAAUGUGUAAACUUAGUUGAAUCGAAUGCACAAUUUAGUUAGAGCAUAGGUUUGCUAGUAAUGAGAUAUUUUAUUGGUAUAAGUUAAUAAACCGGGGUAAAAUGCCUUUAUGUUCUUAAUAAAAUGCA